GCCAGAAACGACUGGAAGCGGCUGUUGAGGCGGGCGAGCAGGCCCUCGCUGGCUGCGCAGAGGGGGUUCUGGGGUUAGCUUGGAAGCCCGCUCUCGGGGCGCGUCACGUGCGUCUCUAAGCCUGGUAUCGCCUGAGGACCCAAAGAGCGUGGGACACCCGGGCGUUCCCCACGGGACUCAGGGCCUCCCCACAGCUGGAGCGGCAGGAGGGCGUGGAGCAGGAGGCGGUGACUGGGGCCACCGCAGGCCCGUCACCACCCAUUUCGAAAUGUGUUUCCUCGGUUGUAAAUUGGGGUGAUAAUUCCUACGCAGAAACAAUGCCAGGGCCUUCCGCUGUGUUCAGGAUGGCAUGGUAGCACUCCUUUAGACUCCCUCAGCAUCUUGGCUGUCCCAUCCACCACCACGCUGGAAGCAUUCUGGAGGAGGGAGCAUUGACCUUUCCUUCAUCAAGCCAAAGAUGCCUCUCUUUGGGAGUACGUUCAGUCCGAAGAAGACGCCCCCUCGGAAGUCCGCCUCGCUCUCCAACCUGCAUAAUUUGGAUCGUUCAACCCGGGAGGUGGAGCUGGGCCUUGACUACGGAACCCCCACUAUGAACCUGGCGGGGCAAAGCCUGAAGUUUGAAAAUGGCCAGUGGAUAGCAGAGUCGGGGAUUAGUGGAGGCGUGGACCGGAGGGAGGCUCAGCGCCUCCGGAGGCGGAACCAGCAGUUGGAGGAAGAGAACAAUCUCUUACGGCUCAAGGUGGACAUCCUGCUAGACAUGCUCUCCGAGACCACUGCCGAAUCCCACUUAAUGGAGAAGGAGCUGGAUGAACUGAAGGGUGUCAGUCAGCGGAGAAAAUGAAGACCCCACAGACCUCGGUUAGGACAAAAGGGAGAAACCCAUUCGUCAGAAGAGGAGGAUGUGGCCGAGGGAUUUUUUUUUUUUUUAGCCAAACUAGUGGAUUAGGUCUUGGGAGAGAGUAUCAUACAACGGGACCAAAAGGCGCUGGCCCCCUUGGGUUGCAGUAGAAAGGUGACAACAUAGUGGAAACCAGGAUUCCAGGCCAAUCCUGCGCUCCCGGCGCAGGGAGGCCUCCUCGGGGAGGUCUGCAAUGAUGGGAGCCCUUGGGUGCUUUCCAGUCAGUGAACACACAGAUGCCCGUGGCCCGGGCUCACCCUCCUUGACAGAGUUCCUCACAGCCGCUGACGCUGAUGUUUGGGGAGCAGUGCCAGUUAUACUGAGUGCUGUUGUUAGGGGGUCUUGGACGAGAGACUCUCUUUGGUCCUCUGCCCUUCAGGCCACUGUCUCCCACCUGCAAAUACUGGUUCCCCAAUCCAUAGCCUCUUCCGGCUUUGGCUUCUCAGCAGCAAGUGCCAGCCUUCCACAGCAACACUCUAUUUUUGUGCUAUUUUCCUGUUUACCCUACUUUUUAAAAUUAAAUGAUAUUAUAUAAUCUCUCUCUGGUCGAAGUGGCUGUAAAGAGAAGCAUGGAUUCUUGAAGUCAGUAAUGGAGCCUGGGCUCUAAGCUUCUGAUGCUCCAUGCAAAGACAGAACUUUCAGGUUGUGGGGCAAUGUCACCGCUGCAGGAGAAGCGUUCCAGCUUCCUGGGCAUUGGCAGAGGUUGAUCUGGAACAGAAACAGUCUCUGCCCCAGUUCCUCUGCUUUCCUCUUUUGGGGUGUUGGGACUAGUCUGGAGCUGGCAGGGACUGAGUAGUUGGGACUGGGGCGCUGGUUUCCUACAGUGGGAAUGUGUGCCUUAGAGUGAGCUGGGCUUCUCUGUCGGGGGGAGGGCCAGCCAAAGUCCAUCAGAGGGGAUUCAGCUUCCAGAGUCAAGGGGGAGGGCAUUGAGCUGGGGACACGGCCCCAGAGACCAGGGAUGGUUACCAAGGUCUGCAGUUUCUGAACACCUGUUACCUGCUUGGGACGAGGCCCAGCAUCUUGCUCACACUCGUUUCCUCCUCAGCUCAGCUGCGUGGAGCAGGGCUGUCAGUCAGCAUGCCUACUGGCAGGUAAGGAACCAAAGCCCAGAAGUUCAGAAACUGGUCUAGGCUCAUGUAUCACAAGUGGGAACCUGCUAAUUCACGGUGAAAAAGAGGAGCUGAGUAGGGGCUGCCUCAGGUGGAGGCGGCAGUUGGUUGUCCCGUGGAGGAUGGAUAGAGAAGCAUGAUCUGUAGCCCCAGCCCAUGACCUUCCCUUCUGAUCUUGGACAGACUAAGAGGGAAUUGGAAGAAGAUGCUUAUAUGUAAGGUACAAAUCUUCAGGACCAGAUGAUAGGAGCAAUUGAGAGUUUGCUUAUUCCUAGACCAGUACCAUUUGCAACCAUUUGUUGCAUUUGGUGCACCUUUGAUGCCAGACAUCUGCCUGUAGACAGCCCUGACUUACAAUUGUUCUGAAGCUCAGAUGCAACUUGAGCCCCGCCAAAACUCAGAUUGAAACUUGAAUCCAUGGGCUGGGACUUUAACCUGCCAUCUUUUAGUUGGAAUUACACACGUGGUCUCAGGAUUUAAUGAAGCUCACAGGUUCUCUGUGUCUCAUCGAAGAAAGAAUUCAGUGAGAGACCAAGUGAUUGGUAAGAAGUGGAUUUAUUUAGAGAGAUACUCCAUAGACAGAAUGCAGUCUGUCUCUAAAGGCGUAGGUAGCCCCCAAAUAUGGGGCGGUUAGUUUUUAUGGGCUGGGUAAUUUCUUAGGCUAAGGAGUGAGAGGGUUAUUCCAACUAUUUGGGGGAAGGGGUGAGUACUUCCAGGACUUGGGCCACCGCCCAGUUUUUGGCCUUUUAUGGUUGGCCUCAGAACUGUCAUGGUGCCUGUGGGCACGUCAUUUAGCUAAUGCCUUACAGUGAGCCUAUGACGAGGAUCAAGGUCUGUUGGAAUUCAAAUCUUCUGCAGCCUUUGGCCUACUUGGUUCUAACCUGUUUAUGGUGUAUCCUCAACCACGAUGUCAUUUGUUUAAACGUUGUGCCCUGCCCCCUUCCCUCUUGUCUCAGUUUAACUUAGAAUUUUUCAACUUUAUGAUGGUGCGAAAGCAAUACACAUUUAGUAUAAACUGUA